GCGGCCGCAGACGAGGCUCUUCCUCUGUCUGCUCUGCUGUGCUACCAUCACUGUGGUCAUUUUUCUCAUCACUAGCCCGUCUCCGCCGGCCUGUUCCUCCCCGGAAUAGCAACAGUUGGUGGAUUAUUGUCGUAACGUUUUGGAGCAGCGCUCAUAAGAGGCCAGAAACAUGAGUGUCGAGGCGUACGGGCCGAGCUCGCAGACUCUAACGUUCCUGGACACGGAGGAAGCGGAGCUGCUGGGAGCGGACACCCAGGGCUCCGAGUACGACUUCACCGAUUUCACCCUGCCGAGCCAGACGCAGACCCAAGGCCAGACCCAGAGCCAGCUGGACGGACAGGUGAACGGGCCUGACGGCGUGCUGCAGAACGGAGACGACCCCGUGGUGAAAGCCAGUCAGCUGCUGGCAGAGUUGAACUUUGAAGAGGAUGAGGAGGACACCUACUACACUAAGGACCUUCCAGUGCAUGCCUGCAGUUACUGUGGCAUCCAUGAUCCAGCCUGCGUCGUCUACUGCAACACCAGCAAGAAGUGGUUCUGCAAUGGUCGUGGAAACACGUCGGGCAGCCACAUUGUUAACCACCUGGUGAGGGCGAAGUCCAAGGAGGUGACCCUUCAUAAAGACGGCCCUCUGGGAGAGACGGUCCUGGAGUGCUACAACUGCGGUUGCCGCAACGUCUUCCUGCUGGGCUUCAUCCCCGCCAAGGCCGACUCGGUCGUGGUGCUCCUGUGCAGGCAGCCGUGCGCCAGCCAGAGCAGCCUGAAGGACAUCAACUGGGACAGCUCACAGUGGCAGCCGCUCAUCCAGGACCGUUGCUUCCUCUCCUGGCUAGUGAAAAUCCCCUCGGAGCAGGAGCAGCUGCGAGCGCGACAGAUCACCGCUCAGCAGAUCAACAAGCUGGAGGAGCUCUGGAAGGAGAAUCCCACGGCCACCUUGGAGGACCUGGAGAAGCCUGGAGUGGACGAGGAGCCUCAGCAUGUGCUGCUUCGCUAUGAGGACGCCUACCAGUACCAGAACAUCUUUGGUCCUCUCGUGAAGCUCGAGGCCGAUUAUGACAAGAAGCUGAAAGAGUCACAGACUCAAGACAACAUCACAGUCCGGUGGGAUUUAGGCCUGAAUAAGAAGAGGAUUGCCUAUUUCACUCUUCCCAAGACGGACUCCGACAUGCGACUAAUGCAGGGAGAUGAGAUUUGCCUGAGAUACAAAGGAGACCUGGCUCCUCCGUGGAAAGGAAUUGGACAUGUGAUCAAAGUCCCUGACAAUUACGGUGAUGAGAUUGCCAUCGAGCUGAGGAGCAGCGCCGGGGCUCCGGUGGAGAUCCCCCACAACUUCCAGGUCGACUUCGUCUGGAAGUCCACCUCCUUUGACAGGAUGCAAAGCGCCCUGAAGACGUUUGCUGUGGACGAGACCUCGGUGUCUGGCUACAUCUACCACAAACUGCUGGGACACGAGGUGGAGGACGUGGUCAUCAAGUGUCAGCUGCCCAAACGCUUCACCGCCCAAGGCUUACCUGACCUCAACCACUCCCAGGUUUAUGCUGUGAAGACGGUGCUGCAGCGCCCCCUCAGUCUGAUCCAAGGACCGCCCGGCACCGGGAAGACGGUCACUUCUGCCACGAUCGUGUACCACCUGGCUCGACAAGGAAAUGGGCCCGUGCUGGUUUGUGCUCCCAGCAACAUUGCCGUGGAUCAGCUCACCGAGAAGAUCCACCAGACGGGUCUGAAGGUGGUGCGACUGUGCGCCAAGAGCAGGGAGGCCAUCGACUCACCAGUGUCCUUCCUGGCUCUGCACAAUCAGACCCGGAACAUGGACAGUAUGCCAGAGCUCCAAAAGCUCCAGCAGCUGAAGGAUGAGACCGGAGAGCUGUCCUCCUCGGACGAGAAGCGCUACAGAGCUCUGAGACGCACGGCCGAGAGGGAGCUGCUGAUGAAUGCCGAUGUGAUCUGCUGCACCUGCGUCGGCGCAGGAGAUCCUCGUCUGGCCAAGAUGCAGUUCAGAUCCAUCUUGAUCGAUGAGAGCACGCAGGCCACUGAACCAGAGUGCAUGGUGCCCGUCGUCCUGGGCGCCAAGCAGCUGAUCCUGGUGGGCGAUCACUGCCAGCUGGGGCCUGUGGUGAUGUGCAAGAAGGCGGCUAAAGCGGGCCUGUCCCAGUCCCUGUUUGAGCGCCUCGUGGUUUUGGGGAUCCGGCCGAUCCGCCUGCAGGUUCAGUACCGCAUGCACCCGGCCCUCAGCGCCUUCCCCUCCAACAUCUUCUACGAGGGCUCGCUGCAGAACGGAGUCACUGCCGCCGACCGGGUGAAGAAAGGCUUCGACUUCCAGUGGCCGCAGCCUGACAAGCCCAUGUUCUUCUACGUCACCCAAGGCCAGGAGGAAAUCGCGAGCUCCGGAACAUCUUAUCUCAACAGGACUGAGGCUGCCAAUGUGGAAAAGAUCACCACGCGCUUGCUGAAGGCCGGCGCUAAACCCGAUCAGAUCGGCAUCAUCACGCCGUACGAGGGCCAGAGGUCCUACCUGGUGCAGUACAUGCAGUUCAGCGGCUCGCUCCAUACCAAGCUGUACCAGGAGGUGGAAAUUGCCAGUGUGGACGCCUUCCAGGGCCGAGAGAAAGACUUCAUCAUCCUGUCCUGUGUGAGGGCCAAUGAGCACCAGGGCAUCGGCUUCCUCAAUGACCCCAGGCGUCUUAACGUGGCGCUCACCAGGGCCAGGUACGGCGUGAUCAUUGUGGGGAAUCCCAAAGCGCUGUCCAAGCAGCCUCUGUGGAACCAUCUGCUCAAUUACUACAAGGAGCAGAAGGUCCUGGUCGAAGGUCCGCUGAACAACCUGAGGGAGAGCCUCAUGCAGUUCAGCAAACCCCGCAAGCUGGUCAACACCAUCAACCCUGGCGGUCGAUUCAUGAGCACAGCCAUGUACGAUGCCCGGGAGGCGCUCAUUCCUGGGUCUGUCUAUGACCGCAGCAGUAAUGGACGUUCAUCCAACAUGUAUUUCCAGACCCAUGAUCAGAUCGGUAUGAUCGGCACCGGACCCGGUCCGAUGUCCUCCAUGAACCUCCCCAUCCCCUUCAACCUGGUGAUGCCCCCCAUCCCUCCCCCGGGGUACCUGGGCCAGGUCAACGGCCCGUCUGCAGGUCGCGGUGGCGGAAUGAAAGGCAAGUCGGGCGGCGGAGGCGGCGGAGGGACUCGAGGCGGCCGCCAGAGGAACCGCAGCAACAUGGGAAACCACAGCGGCGGGGGCGGCGGCCCGGACCGCGGCCACAUGAGCGGCAGCCAGGCCAGCCAGGACCAGGGCUCGCAGCCCUUCUCCCAGGGGCCGCUGACGCAGGGCUACAUCAACAUGAGCCAGCCCUCGCAGAUGAGCCAGCCCGGCCUCUCGCAGCCCGAGCUCUCCCAGGACAGUUACCUUGGAGAUGAGUUCAAGUCCCAGAUCGAUGUGGCUUUGUCGCAGGACUCCACCUACCAGGGGGAGCGGGCCUACCAACAUGGCGGUGUGACUGGACUGUCCCAGUACUAGACUGUUGCUGAAUCGGAGCUGGGCCUGUGUGAAGCUUAGUUCAUUGUGAUUUUAAUCUGGGUAAUAACAAAAAAGAACAAACAUGGAUACCCGUUUUCCACUGCUACAACCGAAGCACCACUGUGUGAAAGUAACAGGAGAGAGACCGUGAGAAACCAACCAAUCACAAGAGUGAGAGCGAAGAUGGGAGUAGAGCUGGACAGGAAGAGAGCAAGACGGAGCGAGUGGGAGGCUGGUGGAGGAGGGAGCGAGAGAAGGAGGGGGCACUGCUGCUCACACGCCAAGGAGAAAGCUGUCGUCCUCGCAGCGGCGCAGUCGGAGAGGCCAGACCUUCGACGGGUCGAGGAGGGCGAGAGGUCUGAAAGAUUCUGGAGGGAGGAAGGGGGAGGAGGACAAAAAAAAAAGGGGCGACUGUGUCACCUUGUCCCCCUGGUGUGCCCCCGAACCCGCGGGGGUCUGCAGGCGGGGAUUGUUGGGAAUCUUGCUCCAAUAGCCGAGAAAGACGGAGAAGAGGUGUCUCACACAAAAAGUCCUCCAAGCUAACUCAACAGGACGUCUCUGUGACUUGGAGGGAAGGAGGGUGGAGGGACGGAGACACGACUCUUGAAGCAGUUGAAAUGGCAACUUUUUUAAACUCAAAGCUUGAAUUGAGGCUCCGCAUCCGAUCACAUUCUGGACACCCAGGAGAAACAUCCGGCGUUUCGAGUGAACUCACAACGUGCUCGUGACCUUGCGCCUCAAAGAGUUCACCACGAAAAUUUCGCGGACCGCCAUAAGUCACGGGUCUCUUGCUUUUCUUUUUCAGCUUUGAGUUGGAAAGUUUUCUGAAUGCCGGCUGUUUUCACCGUGAGCUCGCGCAGGGGGCCGUCUGUCCAGGCAGGUCUUUCGCUAGGUGGUCUGCAAAGAACAAGUGGUGGAAUUGGAUCUUAUAAGUAUAAAAGAAAAACAUCUUUGUCUCCAGAUCUGAGCUCCAAACAUCUCCAGAUAGUGAGACAAUCUUGUUUUUUUUUUUUUUCGUUGUUGUUUUUGUUGUCUUCUGUGUAUGUUUUUUUUAGUUGUGCAGAAGAGUGAGAGGAGGCACUGUAACCAGCUUGUAAGUGAAUCGAGCCGUCGUUCUUUUCUGCUCACCUCGAAGCACUGAAGCUCGCGGAUAUGAAUCGCCACCACCGCCGACUGAGAGAAUCUCCGAGCACCUGAUCGACACGGCGAGGAGUUUUCACUGCAGCAGGGUGAAAACCUCCAAGCCCCGCCCCCCCACAUGAGAACAAACACGUUGAAGAGAAACUCCACUUUCACCUCUCCGGACUGUGGUGAACGGUGUGGAGACGCCGUCGUAAAGUCACAUCCCGUGUGUGAAAUGUAACGUAGGCAGAACCUUGCUUUGGGAGCACGCCUCUUGUUUCCUUUCUUCUAGUUUUUUUUUUUGUUGUUUUUUUUGUUCUUUGUUCGAAAAAGUGUUUCAGUGAGAAAAUGAAUAAACCGUCAGAGCCGUAGUGCAGUCGUGUUGAGGACGGUGCUGUUUCUUCUGCGACUCCGGUCCCUGGUAGCGCUUUUCUUUGUGUAUUUUUAUUUUUUUUUUUAAUCUAGUGUUGUGAGUUCUCGCUUUCUCGUAUCGGUAUCUACCAGGCUUUUGCUAAACGCUUUCGACCGCCUCGUGUCCGACGCGAAGCUUCUUUACAUCCUGCUUUAACCUCCCGACACAGAAAAGCCACAGAGGAAGUGUAAACACACGGACCAAACGUGAACACUUACUGGCGAGUUGUGAAUUCAUUUGAAUUAUUAUUGGUCAGAUUUACUGUUGCCUCUGGUUAUUAAUGCUCAGAAUGAUCCAACUUUAUAGAGACCCUUUCCGAAAAGAUGAGAAUAUCAUGUAGACGUUUUAAUUUCAUGAUUCCAUUGAAGAAGUUAAACUUCCAUAGAUUCAGGGCCCACAAUUUAAACAAUUUCCGGUAUUUGAUCAUUUUUAUGUCAUUUGGGCUUCCAGCUUGUAAAACAGGAAUUCAAAAAUUUAGAAUACUGUGGAGUAAUUGAAUGUUUUAAACGGACUGCUCCAGCCAACUCGUUGAGAGUCCAUGGGGUGUCAUCAAGAUGAUCUGAUUUUUUGGAAAGUGUCUGCAUCGUUAAACAACCUUCUCCAACAUGACUUCAAUCAGUUCAUUGAGCUCUGGAAGAUCAUGGCAAAUGCCGAGGUUUGGGGCGAAAGAAUAGCCCCCAAAGUCCACCCAGUAGUUUGAAAACCCUGUUUCAACCGGUUUCAAACUGAAAUCUGCAGAAACGAAACCCACUGUGGUGGAAAAGAAUCGGAAGAAGGAAACAACCGUUUGCAGGAUGACCUCUGCAACCAAAAUAUUAGCAACGCCUCACAAACUGUGGCCAAGAUAUGCUUUAAAACUUUAAAUCAGCAUUUUAAAAGGCGUUUUAGGAUAAAUGGCUGUUUUAAACAUUAUUUUUGCUGUUCUGGAAAAGUUAAUUAGAUUUUAUUUUUCUUUAUAAUUGGGUGUAACAGUAACGCUGACUGCUGUUGGUGCAUCGAAAGCCUACACAAGGCAUUGAAUUACUGUGUGAAAAUAAAGACAACUUGUGCACAUUUAAAGUCAAACUUUAAAAAUAAUUUCACAGUAAUUAACUUGCACCUGUACUUUUUGCAUGUCUUCUGACUUGAGAGUAGUUUUUCCUCUGCUGUGAUAUUUUGGUUUGCUGUUUAAACUACAACUGAUUUUUCUUUUUUUGCCAGUUGGAUGCAGCCUAUUUAGUUUUUCCUGUCCUCAAACAGAUGUUAGUUAGAAACUGCUCUCAAAAUCAUCCUGUUGAUAAUUUUGGAAAAAUAAAGUUUGCUUCUUUUUG